AUGACCAUCAAUGACUUCUUCAGCUCAAUCAUGGCCGUAGCUUUCAGAAUACUUGAAGUGCUCUACUACUGCAAGGAGCUAUUUGUCUUGGGAAGAGAAGAAAAUGGAUGGAAGAACAGGAUCAUUUUUGCCUUCCUUUGCUGGCUUUUUGGGAUGACGAUAAGUGGCUGUUUUAGUCUUGUUUUUUUCUUGUCUAAGGUAGGGCUUGGGCCGGUCACCUCGAUGAUCGCCAUUUUGGUCGGAAUGCUCUUAUCCAUCCUAGCCUUUGCAUUCAAGUCUGUGCGUUGUAAUGGUCUUCUGUUCCUCUUGUGUUGCGGAAUGAGACAAGGUCGGAACGUGCUCAUCGCCAUCGGAACCAGUAUUGUUCUGUUUAAUAACGUAAGAAAUAUUUUAGGGAAUUUGAAAGUCCUGGCAGACAGUAUCAUCUGCAAUCUAGACGAAAAACGCAAUUUGCUAAAAGUCACACCCUUCGAUUACUAUGUGAAGACCCUGUAUGCAUUAUAUAAACAAGCAAAAGGCCAAUUUUUUAACCCCUUAAAGGACUUUGUGAACGUGGUGGACAAUUUCCGAUGCAGCGUACAGAUCUCCGAUGAGGAACUGAAAACUACGCUCAGGGAAACGAGACAACAGAUCCAAGACCUGUCAUCCAAUAUAUUGGCCCUGCUGAAUGGAAUCCUUUUCUAUGGGAGGAUAGCUUUCCUCAUACUCGGAGUUUCCAUAAUUGUGAUUGGAUCAAUAAUAUUUUUUAGAAAAUUCCUGGCCUCUGACAAUGCAAAGUAUGAAAAUAUCUAUAUCACAAAACGUUUUAUAAAGUACGAUCAGCACAGGAAGCAGCAAAACAUGUUGUGUGUUCUUCCACUCAACAAAGCCGAGCGAGGCGUCUACAUGACCAUCCCGAGUCUGAAAACUUCAAGGAAACAGAAGCAAAAGAUGGUGAUGUUUUUGAUCCCAGUGAUGACCAAUGUUUUUAUCUGGUGUUUGAUUUCAGCCCUGGAUUUUAUGCUUUACUGGUUGAUUCUUACAAUUGGCAAAAAUCUGCAAGGUCUGCCCCCAGUUGAUGUUCCAAUGUCUAUGACUUUUACACAGCUGAGAAUCGAAGAACUAUUUAUUCCAAGAAAGACGGAGAAUGUCUACGAGACCCAGAUGAACUUCAAUGUGUUCGAGCCUCAGUGCACCCCGGAACCGCAGCUCUCGCUUACCGCUACCUGGAUCCCUUUGGCCAUUUUAAUCGGCGUUUUACUAUUUCUUGGUCUGAUCUCCGCUUUCCUCGUACAAAUGAAGUUGUCGGUGAUAGCGGCAUUCUAUCCUGACCGAGCCGCUGAGAGAGUCACUUACCUCCAUAACAAAAUACUGGGAGAAAGAACAUUACUGUUAUCAUCGUCUAAAGGCAGACAACUCAAGUAUAUUAUUUCCCAGGUGAAUUUCUGGUUCCCAAUAAUCACUCGAAAACAUUUUAUCAAGAAAUGGUAAAUUGGAUGUCGGGUCACCCGAGGCCGUAUCUACAUCUUGUUGGACAUUGAUGAGAUUAAAACCUCUGUGAUUCUUCAUGGUUAACUCAUUCAGUGCUGGAAUUUGUAAAAUGUGAUUUAUUUAACAUUUGGGCAAAACAAGGAAAUUUGGAAAUGGAUAAGAUGGGAAUCCAUCCAACUGUUAUUGUUCUUUUACUUAAUAAA